AUGAAAAGAAGAGAAGAGGAGGAAAAAUACAAAGCAGUAACAGAAGGCGACCAAAGAAUAUUUCACUUAUUGCACGAAGGAAAGGAAGCGAUAAUAACACUAACCAUGCACAAAGAUGAAGCUGACCAAAAGUUAACGCGACUCUCAAAGGAGUUAACAAGCAAACAAGCAAAGGAAGAGGUAAAAUUUACUCCUUCUUCAAAUAUUUCUUCAAGUAUUAAUGUAAAUCUUCCCCAUUUAUCGCUCCCUGGAGACCCUAAACUGUCGCGAAUUAUAAUUUCGCAAAAACUUCUAACCAAUUUCAUAAUAUCAUAA